UUCAAGCGUUUUAUUAACAUUGAUGAAUAAGAAUCCGUUUUAUCAUUAUAUUAUUUUUUAUAUACCAAAACUUUAUUCUUUUAAGUACUGGUGAAAACAAUGAAGACGCUGCAGUGAUAGAAGAGACAACAUGGCUUUGGAUGACCAAGAAAAAAAAUCAUCAGAAAGAAAAAGAGAAAAAGAAAGUCCUCCGACAAAAGUUUUAAUAAGAAGAUUACCACCAAGUUUGACACCAGAAACUCUGCUUGAGCAGUUGUCUCCCUUGCCUAGCCAUGAAUUCUAUUUUGUUAGAGCUGAUAUGAGCCUUGGUCAGAAUGCCUUCACAAGAGCAUACAUUAACUUCCAGAGUUAUGAAGAUGUUUACAACUUCAGAGACCAAUUUGAUGGCUAUGUAUUUGUGGAUGGAAAGGGGAACGAAUAUUCUGCUAUUGUUGAGCUUGCUCCGUACCAGAAAGUACCCAGGAGAAAACCAAAGAAAGUGGAUGUCAAAAUGGGAAGCAUUGAACAAGAUCCAGAUUAUGUGAAGUUUUUGGAAUAUUUACAAAAUGAAGAGGCAGAGGAAACACAGACAAUAGAGGCUUAUCUGGAGGAACUAGAAAACAAAGAAAAAGAUAUGAAGGCCAAAAAGGCUAUGAAAGUCAGUACACCAUUGAUUGACUAUAUAAGAAAGAAAAGGGAGGAGAAAAAACUUAUUAUACAGAAACAAAGAGAUGAAAGGAAGAAAAAAGAAUUAGAAAGAAGGAAAAUAAGAGAAGAAGACAGAAGGAGAAGAAGAGAAAAAGAACAAGAAAGAUUUACAAGGGAAAAAGAAAGAGAUAGAGAGAGAUACAAGGAAAAAGAAAGACAGAAGGAAAAGGAUCGUGAAAGGGAAUCUGAAAGGAAAGAAAAAUCUCAAGACGAUCAACCAAAACAGGUUCUUAAGAAACCUGAAAAAGAUGAUGAGAAAAAAUUUGAUAAAGAUAGCACAAAAGAGAAAGUAAAAGAUGGAACAAAAGAUGUCAAGCCAAAAGAGGAAAAAUUAAGUGAAGGUAAACAGAAAGAAAGGGAAAAUCUUAGAUUCUCCAAAGAAAACAGGGAAAAAGAGAGAAGAGAGAAAGAGAAAAGGGAAAAAAGUAACAAAAUAGCUGCUGCGCUUCUAGAUCAGAAACCUAAAUCUUCUAAAGAGGAGAAAUCAGAUGAUAAGUCAAAAUUAGAUGAAAAGAAGGGAGGAGAAGCUGAUAAAGGAAAGGAAGCAAAGCAAGAAGAUAAAAGUAGAAGUGGAAAGUGGGAUGAUUUCCCAGAAAGGAAAGACUCUAGAGGAUCAAAAGAUGAUAAAUAUGAUAGACCAAGAUCAUCCAAGGAAACUAGAUCUUCACAAGGUCGUCCAAGGUCAGGAAGAGACUGGGACAGAGACAGGGACUGGGAUUACAGAGAUAGAGGCUACAGGGAGGAAAGGCCAAGAUCAUAUGCAGGGCCAAGUAGAGAUGAAAGAAGAAAACAAGAAACAAGUACAGACAAAAGGCCAUCAUCCUCAAGAAAAGAAUUUUCAUCAAGUUCAGAGAAAGAGACAUCCAAAGGUGAUGCUAAAGCCUCAGAAAAAUCUUUAGAUAGAAAAGCUAGUGAUGUAAAAGAAAAGGCAGUGAAAAAAGAUAGUUCUAAAAAUGAUGUUGAAAAGGAAAAGAAAAGUGACCAAUCAAAGGAAAAAGAUAGUAGUAACGGAGAGAACAAGUUAAAAUCUUCAGAUAGCUUUGAUGAUGAUAAAAAGAAGAAAAGAAAGGAGAGGCCUGAACGUGCAAUAUAUGACCCCAGAAAAGCUGCCGAGAGAAGAAUGGUUGGUACAAAACCAUCAGAUUCUGGUAAAAAUGACAAGUCCUCUGAUGACAAGAGCUCUGGUGAAUAAUGGAAAAUAAAAAGAAACAUACAAGGCAGGUCCUUGAAAAAAAUGACACAUGCGCCUUAUGCAUUACCGGUUAUCUGUGGAUUUGUCAUUGUAAGCUCCGUAUGCGUCACUUGUAACUGUGAAUUGGACAUUGUCACAUUGAUCACUUUUUAGGGUAUAUGAUUAUUAUACAUGUUAUUGUACCCUUAGAAGCAAUUUCUUGUUUAUUAGUGAUUAUCAACAGUUGACUGUUGAUUCAUUAUUAUUCCUGGGCUUUUCAUGGCUUUUGUGGAUGAUGGUGAACCCCAAAUAUCAAUGAUCAUCAAAAUACAAAUGUAAUAAAGGUUGGUGUUCAAAAUUUCCCUAAAUCAUGAAAACUUUCUUCACGAAAAUACAAUUUUCAUCAAUCCACAAAAAUUGGUGCCCAUGGAAAAUACUGAAUAUAAGGUGAAUCAAAAGAUGACAGUUGUUGAAUGUAUUUGACUGUUUGUUAGUAAUUUAUUCUGCUUGCACAAUAAAAGGCAAGAAUUUAAUAUGUUAUAGAAACUUGAAGUAGGAAAUGAAACAGGGUGAAGGAUAAAUGUAAGAAAUUUUAUAAUAAUUUAAUGGUAUUUAACUGUGAAUUGCAUGAUCUAUGAAUGGUAAGAGAAAAUAAUACAAGAUUGAUAAUUAUUACUGAUAUUAAAGUUAAUAAACUGCAUUACCAGUAAA